AGGGAACAGGUGGCGUCCUCAUCUCCGACUCACUUCUGGAAACUGUUUGUGUAAUUGGAUAUCCACGCAUAUGCCUCGCCCAGAUUCGAUUCGUGGAGGUAUAAUUCUGCAUAUCCAUGCUUUAAAUAUCCCCUGCCCCCUUUACCUGCCCUUAGAACAGAGCCAACAGAACAGAGCCCCCUUUUUACCACAAUGUCCCGCAUCAAUGGCAUCUCAAGCAGAGGUGCCUCAACCUCUGCCUCUGCCCCUUUCAUGGCCGAUUCGCAUCGCCAGGGAAGGCAAAUUUCUUCUUUUCACAGAUUGCAACUUAACCAGCAGAAAUUUCAUGGCGAUUCAAAUUCUUCUAUUGAGAUGAAUUAUCAGCCUGCAAAAGUGAAGCGCGUGACCGCUCCGCUUAAUGAAGCCGUUAGGGCAAUGCUCUGCGGAGGUGAUUCAGCCCAGGCAACGUUGCCUAGAGCGGCUACAGCAACGCCAGUUUAUGGAACCAGCGGAAGCGAUCAUGGAGUCGAUUCCGACACUUUGAGCGACAUGAGCUUUCUUGAGGAAGAGGAAAGUAAUGGAGGAGAUUGUGCUCUGGACUGCGAAAGCCACGCUGAGAGCAGCUCUGCUUCUCAGGACACAAAUCUUCCUGUUUCCGAAGACCACCUCCGCCAGAUUCUAGAGGGUGUCUUGUUAUCAAGUACCAAUUUGGAGGAAUCGCUUUUCCGAAAUGUAACAAAAGCUUUAGGAAAGGCCGGGCUUUCUUCUCAGACGGAGCCACACCGCCACGAAAAGAAUCAUCUUCGAAGAUUCGUGAUGAGCAGUCUGCGAAGCGCAGGAUUCAACGCCGCCGUCUGCAAGACGCGGUGGCAGCAAUCGAACGGGCACCCUCCAGGUGACUACGAGUUCAUUGACGUGAUGUUCGAAGCGGAGGCACCUUCGUCGAAGCCGAGCAACGGUCACCGUGUGGUUGUGGACAUCGAUUUCAGAGCGCAAUUUGAGAUUGCUCGGCCGACGGCAGAAUACGGCGCGCUGGUAGAGGCGUUGCCCACAUUGUGGGUGGGCACUGUGGAUAAGCUGCGUGACGUCAUCAAGAUAAUGUGUGAUGCGGCGAAGCGGUCGCUGAAGGCCAAGGGAAUGCACCUGCCACCGUGGCGGAAGUACCGUUACGCGCAAGCCAAAUGGCUGGAUGUGUACAAGCGCACCACUAAUCCUCUGCCGCUUCUUCUCAACGGAUUCUCCGCCGUGGACACCGCUUUUCCUCGCCAGAGGGAGUUGCAUUUUGAAAGGGCGGCUGUGAGAGAGAGCGAGGAAGCGGAUGAAGAGAAAGAAUCCAUUGCCAAUGCUAAUUAUAGGUUGCAAAGUUGCGCCGGCGUUGUGGUGCCCCGGAAUAGUAGAAAACAGCCGGCGAGAAUUCCCGGCUUGACCACGGCCUUGGCCUUGGCUUUGGCGGCCGCUUGACGGGAAGCUUAACAUUUGUACAGUAGAUUGGGCGCUUUUUGCCUUUUCUGGUUUUUUUAUUUGGGGUCUUUUUGACAGUGUACAUGGGAAAUAGAAAAAUGAAAUAGUAGUAGGCUAACCACAACAAAGAGGUCGCAUCACAUGCAGACGUCAACUCGAGAAUAUGUGAGCUGCUAGAUGUUGUGUUGUUUUCCUCUUUUUUUGGAAUUGGAGUGUAGUGAAGAGUGGAUCCUAUAAUUCAGGGACUCGGUAGUUUUUCUUUCAA